AUGUCAUCCAACCAUAUUAGACUCAGCAAUGAAACAAACCAUCAACUGGUAUCGCUAUUAGGACUUCGACUUAUUGUCGGUAUACCUUCAGUUAUUAUUUUUAUCGGUGGUUUGAUUGGAAAUAUAUCUACUGUAUUUACUAUCAUUCGAUACAGAAGAACGACAACCAAAGAUCUCAUGUUCUACUUAGUUGCUAAUUUAGCAAUGUAUGAUAUUCUUGUCAUGUUAUUUGCUUUACCAAUUACAGUUAUCCGAAAAUUAGCUUUCACAUGGCCGUUUGGAGCUUUCCUGUGUUAUACUAUAAAUGGUUUCCCUCCUUUCUCGGGAAUAGGCUCAGUAGUAACGAUGAUUUCUAUAGUAAUCGAUCGCUACUAUGUCGUUUUACAUGCAGCAAAUCCAAAUCCAAAAGAGAAGCAAAAGGGACUAAUUCUUUUAGCUUUAUUCAUAAUAGCAUUAGCCAUUGCUUCACCAGCAUUUAUAUUUUCAAAAUAUGACGAUUCUCAAUCAACUCCUUAUUGCGACAUGGUUUUUUCUACUGAUCCUGCUAUUCAAAUUAUGUGGAGACGAAUUUAUGUUACCUUAGUCAGUGUUUUGAUUUUAUUUCUACCAGUUACGUUCGAAGUAGUCUUAUAUGUCAAAAUUUUACUGGUUUUACGACAAAGAUUGAAAAGUCCUACAGCUCGAUUCAAUUAUGCAUAUGUUAAAGCUCAUAAGAAUACCAUCAAAUUGAUGCUGUUAAUGACUAUAUUAUACGCAACUACUCAUACACCGCUGUUUACUUGCUACCUAGUCUAUCGUUAUGGAGGUGUAGCGCCCGAAAAUGUUUUAGUAUUUCAACUUGUAUACAUCAUCGCGCAUUUAUGUUUCUAUUGCAAAAGUGUCAUUAAUCCUAUAAUUUACACUGGCUUUAUUCCAGAACAUAAGCAGUGGCUACUUUGCAUAAUUAAUUUCAAAUUUAUACGGCCUCGCUUGUCAAGUACAAGUAUCUUAAAAUUCCGGAAAAAUAAAUGUACUAUUGCUCCAGUAUCAGCCUCAUGA